CAUCAGAAUCUCUACCUUGAAGUUUAUUUGAUUAUUUCACCACCAAUCUUGCAGAGAGAGAUAGAGAGAAGGCAAAAAUGGCAGGAAAGCAUGUCCCAAGAUCCAAAUCUCGAAUCCUCCUUUUCGGUCUCUUGCUUCUCGGAUUCUCCCUCCUCUUCUUCCUCUUUUCCCCUUCUCCAAAGCGCCAAUCUGUGCGUUCACAGUUUCUGAACCCUAACGUUAAUGUGGAGACCUCAUUUGUGGCCUCACUAGAGGAUUUCCUCACACGUAAAGCACCUACUGGAUCAACAUUCGGUCGCGAUGAUACUGUGAGUGGGGAAGCUGGGGAAGAGGAGGUGAGAAAGCUGGAUAAUAAGAUUUAUGAAAUGGAGAUGGAUAGGUUAUAUGGAGAUCCUUACUAUCCUGUGAGUUUGCCGCUUAAGGUUUAUGUGUAUAACAUGCCAAGCAAAUUCACCUAUGAUUUGCUCUGGCUGUUUAGGAAUACUUACAAGGAGACCGACAAUCUGACCUCCAAUGGCAGUCCAGUGCACCGUCUCAUCGAACAGCACUCCAUUGAUUAUUGGCUUUGGGCAGAUUUGAUUGCUCCAGAAUCAGAAAGACUUUUAAAGACUGUUGUUAGAGUUCAUCGGCAAGAGGAGGCAGAUUUAUUCUACAUACCCUUCUUUACUACCAUAAGCUUCUUCCUGAUGGAGAAACAACAAUGCAAGGCACUUUAUAGGGAAGCUUUGAAGUGGGUGCAAGAUCAACCCGCAUGGAAGCGCUCUGGUGGAAGAGACCACAUACUUCCGGUGCAUCAUCCCUGGUCAUUUAAAACUGUUCGCCGAUUCAUGAAGAAUGCGAUCUGGCUGUUGCCAGAUAUGGAUUCCACAGGAAACUGGUACAAGCCAGGACAGGUUUAUCUUGAGAAGGACCUGAUUCUUCCUUAUGUUCCCAAUCUUGAUUUAUGUGAUGCCAAAUGUUUAUCUGAAACAAAUCCAAAGAGAAGUACAUUGCUUUUCUUUCGUGGUCGGCUUAAAAGAAAUGCGGGAGGAAAAAUACGUUCUAAACUUGUUGCAGAGUUAAGUGGAGCUGAUGAUGUAAUUAUAGAGGAGGGAACAGCUGGAGAGGGAGGAAAAGAAGCAGCUCAAAGGGGCAUGCGCAAGUCUCUAUUUUGCAUGAGUCCUGCUGGUGACACUCCAUCAUCUGCUAGAUUAUUUGAUGCUGUUGUUAGUGGAUGCAUUCCUGUCAUAAUUAGUGAUGAACUGGAGCUCCCUUUUGAAGGAAUACUUGACUACAGGAAGAUAGCAAUGUUUGUUUCUUCUAAUGACGCCGUAAAACAAGGUUGGCUUUUGAAAUAUUUGAGAGGCAUUAGCCCUGCUGUUAUCAAAGAAAUGCAAGAAAAUCUUGCCAAGUAUUCAAGGCAUUUCCUGUAUUCCAGUCCAGCUCAACCGUUGGGUCCUGAAGACUUGGUUUGGAGAAUGUUGGCUGGAAAGGUGGUGAACAUCAAGCUUCAUUUGCGAAGAUCUCAGCGGGUAGUAGAAGGAUCUAGAAGUCUCUGCACGUGUGACUGUAGGCGUGCCAAUACCACUUCUAAUAGUGCUCCAGCACUAUAAGAUCUCUCUCAACGGUACUGUGUAAAUGCUAUCUUUAUCUUUGUGAUUCUGCUCACCUCUCUGCUAGAAACCACUCCCAAAUAGCUCAUUAUUUAUUUAUUUCUUAUGACUUGUUGUGCUCAGAUACAAAAUUUACGUAUAAUUCUUGAGUUUAAAGAGUUUGAUUUUGUUAUCGAAACGGAGAAGCAUCCACA